CGAUGAGCGAGGUUUCGCUGUGUGAACAGCGAUAAUAUUAUUUUUAGGAUCAAGGGUCUUAAGAACUGUUAUUAUGCUAAAUAUCAGAAUAACUAACACACGGAUUUUCAAAUCAGGCCAUGAUAUGAAGCAAUAAGGAAUGGGAUAAUAGCACGAAAGGCAAUUAUAGAACAUUUGCGACUGCCUUUCAUAUUGUUCGUAUGCCGAAAUAUGUACGAAAGUGCGCAACAGUUCACUUUUGGAUAAUGGCAAUCUCAUGCCUUUUUAUAAAGUGCAGGAGAAUAUUUAGCUCACUAAAUCGGUUUUCACGGAAUAUAUUUUAUUGGAAGAAACCACAAAAAUUGGGACUUUGUUCUCUAUUAUCUGGAUUGUUCAUUGCGUCUACGUUAACUCCUGCAACAUCACUCGGCUCUUUCGUUGGUGCAAGAUACAUCUGCAAUAAGAUUUCCGAUCUAACUCCAACACAAAGAAGCAUGUGUCAGGCCAAUAUGAACGCAAUAGUUGAAGUCAAUGAAGGAACACACAUGGCCCUUGAAGAAUGUCAACGACAGUUUAAGCAUGAAAGAUGGAACUGUAAAACUCAAGAAGGAGUUUCAACCUCCAUUUUUGGUCAAGAUGAAGUACUUGGAACGAAAGAAGCGGCUUAUAAGAGUGCUAUCCGAGCAGCUGGCGUAUUAUAUGCAAUUGUUACUGCUUGUGGGAAAGGAAGUUUAAGAGAUUGCGGCUGCGACAAAAGUAAGCGAGGUUAUUUUGAAGGAAUAAACAGCACAAGGUGGGGUCGCAAGCUUCUAUCUCGAGCCGAAAGAGCAACACAAACUUGGAAAUGGGGCGGAUGUUCUGUCGAUAUGAACCACGGACUGAGAUAUAGCCGUGAAUUUUGGGAUGCCCGUGAAACCAAACGCGAUUCACGGGCACUCAUGAAUUUGCACAAUUACGAGGCUGGCAGGAAGACUGUCGCAAAGAAACUUCGAAUACAGUGUAAAUGUCAUGGAGUAUCAGCUUCCUGUACAACUAAUACUUGUUGGGUGACAUUGCCAGAUUUUAGAGAUGUCGGAAACACACUCAAAAAGGCAUACACAAGAUCAAGAAAAGUAAAUGGGGAUUCCGAGAAACAUGGACGAAUAAGAUACCAAACUUUGAUGUAUAUGCGUAAAGGGGCUCCCACGAAACCCCACAAGCGAGAAUUAGUGCAUAUAGACAGAAGUCCAUCUUAUUGUGCACGAGAUAUCUCAACAGGAACACUUGGUACUGUCGGCAGAAUAUGUAACAAAACAUCUACUGACAAAAACAAUUGCACACAUCUUUGUUGUGGCAGGGGAUAUAAAACGCAAGAAAAAAUACGAAAAUGGGCCUGUAAAUGCAAGUUUUUCUGGUGCUGCAGAGUUACAUGUAAAGAAUGUCAUGAAGUCACUAAGCAAUACGUUUGUUUGUGAAGCGAAGCAGCGUUGAGUGGUCGCGAAUGAACGUAAGGAACAGACAUUUUUCUACGAAUGGAAUCUAGCGCAGGUGCAGGUCAGAGGUCGCACAUCACGUGAGCAAAGAAGCAAUGCUGUUUGCCGACGACUUCAUUUGCUGUCGUGAAAUAGUAACAAGGGACCUUUGUAACAUACGCGGGUGUACGUGAAAAUUCUAUGGAAGACUGAUCGUAUGCUUCGAUGUGGCCACAACGGAAAAAAGGCCGAUGUAUUUCAUGUUUCUUUGUGAAGAUUUACUUCUGCGUUCUAUGAAUAUUCGCAACGAAGUUAAAGCAAAGGAUACUUUUUGACUUGAACAAUAAAUCUAACUGUUAUCGUUAUGAGAAGAUUUCAGCAUAUUUGUAAUAAUAACGUAUAUACCUAAAUAAUCUGAGGACGUAUAGCAUUGAAUAAUGAUUUUCAACUCGUUGCUGUACAAUUGUGAUAAAAAAGAACCUUAUUGAUUGUAUCCUAUUAUAAUUUAUUUGAUAUCAUAUUUUUUUUAAAUAUUUUAUUUGCGUACAUAACUGCUUCACGUCUUUCCGUAAUUGUCACUAAGAUUCGGGAUAAUAUUCUGACUUUUGGCUGCAUGCUUUAUCAUUCUUCCAAAUCAAGUAUUCAUUAAUUUCCAAAUCUUGUGAUUAAUCUGGUUAAGUAAAAAUCAGUUUGACCAAAUUCGUAAUGGAAAUAAUUUAUUCAAAUAUGGAUUUUAUCAAAACUAUUUACCUAUUCCUGAACGAUUGUGGUACAAUCAUAAUUUAUUUUUAUGUACAUAAAACAGGGCCUGAUCAGUAAUAACGUUUUUGAAAUAGUGAAUUCCAAAUAUGUUGGUUGUUCGAAAGAUUUUUUUACGAAUUUUAUCUCUUAAAAACAAAAAAACAAUCGCUUCUAAAUUAUAAACAAAAGAGUAACCGUCUCUCAAAAUGACAUGUAUCAAUGCAUAUUGAAAAGUAAAUCUAGUUUUAUGAAGUCUAGUUUUUAUGAAAUCAUUUAGAUUUUAGAGAGUAUAAAUUGGAAUUUUGCUCUUAAGUUCUAAUUAUAAAAAGUGCACCAUUACGACAAAGACUGAAAUGAAACAGAUUUGUUAAUUGGUGCAUUCGAAACAGCCAAAAAUAAAUUUUAUGUUGUGACUUUUUUGUAAUAUAUUUACUAAAAGUGUAGCAACCGAUUGUAUAAAAAAACGUUCUUCAAGGAAUUAAAUUGAAUAUUUCCAAAACUAAACUUUCGAAUAUUUUAAUAACUUUACACCUAAUUUAUAUCAGACAAGUCACAAUACAUUUAUUUGUUUUACUGGCCAACAGUUUAUUCAUUAUUUCAUACAUAUUGUACACUUUACAUUUCCCUUUAUUUCUGUUAAUUUUCCUUUUAAACUACCUUAUUGUGUUAAAAGAUAUUUCUACCUUUUAA